UUAAUCAAACACCUAUGGGUGAGUCUCACCUACGAGCACCCACCCCACGCUGGCCUCUUGGAAGCACGUCCACUUGACCACGUUCUCUGGUGUCCUAGCAACCAGAAACUCUGAUCUGAGCCCUGACAAGGACAUAGGCCAUUCCUUGCUGACCGCUGUGACUUGCCACACUGAGCCUCUUGGGACCUGUCCCUGUAGCAAUUCAGAUAAUUGAAGGACAUCACUUGUCCCCAAGGACGCCCAGAAGCCCUGCCACGUCAAGCCAUCCCCUGGCAGGAUGAGCUUCUCGGUCACGUUCGCUGAGCUGGCCAACAUAGCCAUACCGCAGUGUGGAGUGGUGAACUUCAAGGCCCUUCACCUCCUGAUUCAGGGCAUCCUGGAUCACAUCCAAAUCGCUGGGCUCAAGAAGGUCCUGUCAGGAGAAGAGGAUUUCCUCCAGACCUCACAGGUGGUCCUUAUGCCCAGGGAGGGAGAUCCCCAGCCCAUCCUCAACCCCAUGAAGAGGCUCAGCAACAUCUUCGACCAUGUGGUGGACCGCAUCAACAAGAUAGAGAGUCAGAUAUUCGCCAUGAAGGGCAUGCCCUCUACCACACAGCUGCUGGAGGCCAGCCACGGGACCAACCGGCCCGCCGAGGACCUGUGGAACAUGAUCAAGCUCGUGAAGAGGGUGGAGGGCAAUGAGGAAGCCUUAGCGAAGAUCAUGAAGACUCUUCAGGACCUGCUCACCGACCUCCAUUUACUCAAGAACACGGUUGAAACCCUCCAGAAGGACGUGGACAUGAUAAAGUACAUAUUUGAAAAGGUGAACCCAGAAAGAAUGGAGCUUGUCUGUGAAGACUUGAAAAUACAGAACCGGAAGUUGGGUGCCCUGCAGCGGGAAGUGGUUACCCUCCAGAACAAGGUUCGUGCUGUCCCCCAACCUGAGGACAUGGUGCUCUGGAGUGGUCUCCAUGAGGCCAUGUUCACUCCGGGACCUCAGAUGGAACUGGAACCCUCCAAGACGUGGCAGAGUAUGACCUCUCUUCCAGAACCUACCUCGGGGCCGGCUAAGGAUGGCGGCCAGACUGAUGUCUCACACCCUACCCACAGCGCCACCCCUUUGCAGACCGUCCUGCAUUUUGAAACCGCGGGAGUCCUUGAGGAGGAUGCCUUCACCCAGGCUGCUGAGUUUAGCGCCCCCCAGGGGGUAGAGUAUGCUCAGGCCUCCGUAUCUCAGUCGGGGUCUAUAAUUGCACCUGGACAAGUACCAGGGCCUAGUGGGAGACCUGGUCCUGGUUUCAUCCCAGCCGGUUGGUCUAGACCUGAACUGGCUCCCCCAGGCGCAUGGCCCUUACCACCAAGAGGCUGGCCUGGGGCUAAUGCUUGGCCUAUGUGGGAUAUGCGUACCUUCCAGCCUAGCCUAGGUCCAUUUGUCCCUCUGGGCCAGAUGUACAGGGCUCCUUUCCCAGUCAUGGAACCUGGACCACCAUGGCCUCCUCAGGUGUGGCCACGACACCAGAUUCCUAAAGUAGGAGCCCGCCAACUUUCAGAUGUUGAAGAAAGAGGGGACGAAUCCGAAUAUGACUACGUCGAAAUGUAUCAUAAAGCAAUCCCUAAAGAUGGGGCUCCCCAGGAUGCUGUUCCUGAGGAAGGGGCUCCCGAAGAUGGUAUUCCCAAGGAAGGGGCUCCCCAGGAGGAGAUUGCCAAGGAAGGGGCUCCCCAGGAGGAGAUUGCCAAGGAAGAGGCUCCCCAGGUUGGGACUCGCAAGGAUAGGGUGCACCAUCACAGAGUCACCAAGGGUAGAGCUCCCAAGCACAAACCCCACAAAGAUGGGGCCCCCCGUGAGAGAGCCCCAAAAGAUGAGGCUUACCAAGACACAGUUCCCAAGGCCAUGGCCACCAAAGAUGGAUCCCAGAAAGACAUGACCCAAACAGCACACCGUAAGGUCCCUCCAUCGGCCCUAAAGAAGCUGAAGUCCGUCUUGACGAUUGCUGCAGCAACUGCUGCAGCCUAUGCAUCGGCAGCAAACACAGCUGCCCAGGCAGCCAAAGCUGCGGUCAAGGCAGUCAGAGAUGUUCCUGCAGCCCAAAUGGCUUCUUUAGCCUCAGCUGCGGCAGAGGGUGGGCCUUUAGGGGCCUUUGCAGAUUUCCUGGGUGCAGGAUCUAGCCGUGGGGCCACCGACUUCAUGCCCUUCAGUGACGAUGAGCUAGAAGACCUUCCUGAAGAGAUCAUAUCAUCACUUCUUCACCCCAUGGUACCCAGAUCAGUCCUGUGCCAGGCCAUGAUAACUGCCAUGCAGGCUGAGAGCCCUGAGGAGAAGAAGAGGGCUGUCCAGUACUCCAUGAGCCACAUAGCCCAGAUGCCUAUCAGGCACGAUUCCCUCAAAGAAGAGUUUGACCAUCUGUCGACCAACCUGCACCAGCGCUUAACUUACCUGGCUAACAUUGGAGACCCUGCCAAGAUUGGCAACACAAUUAAUGUGCUGGAGGAGAAGAUUUGUAACCUCCAGAAAGCCAGGCUACAGGAAGAAGAACUUGAGAGAGUUUGGGGCCACCAGAUUGAGACAAUGAAGAGUCACUACAUGGUGCUCGACAGGACGGUGGAAAAGCUCCAGAUUCGCAUAGAUGACUUCAAGACCCUCAAGGAUGAAAUCCAAAGGCUGGAUCAGAUUAAAGCCGAUAAAACUACGAUGGACCAGGAGCUGAGAGAAAAAGCUGACAGGGAUGCCCUGGCAAGCAAGGCAAACCGGGCGGACCUGGAGGUGACGGCGAUGGAGCUGAACGAGAUGAUUCAGAGCAUGCUCUUGAAGAUCACGACCUAUGAGGGGGACUGGAAGAAGUCGCUGAAGCACCUCAGGAAGGACCUGAACACUAAGCUAGUCCACAGUGACCUCAAUAGCCUGAAGAAGGACAUAGAGGAGGUCUGGAAGAUCGUUCGGAAGCUCCUGAUAGAAGGCCUGCGAUUCGAUCCCGACAGUGCCGCAGGCUUUAAGAAGAAACUGUUCGAGCGGGUGAAGUGCAUCUCCUGUGACCGGCCAGUAGAGAUGAUGACCGGCCCACAGCUCAUCACCAUCCGCAACACCCAUGGGCUGUCACAAGUGAGGCCAGCCAGUGCCAACAGCUUUGAGUAUCUGCAACGGCAGCUGAUAAGGGAACAACAUUUGCAUUUACACAACUUUGGAGUCCAUGAGGAGGGUCUGGGCCCCCAGAAGGACUGGGGUGAUGGACCCCGAAAUGGGACCACCUUCAAGCACAAACCAAAUGACCUGUCAACAGUCUACCCUUACGGGGACCCUGAGAUAAUGGACUAUGACACGGCUGAGGUGGACAUCCUGGGAGUGGAUGGGGUCCUGUACAAAGGCCGAAUGAACACCCAGUUUGGGACACGGACUGGGGAGAAGGACCUGGCAGCUGUGAAGGUUUCCUAUCCUUCAGUUCAAAACCUGAGCGAUCGUGUGCGCCCCGGAUCAUUACUUGCUCCGGGCUACCCCCCCUUAGGCCCCCGCACCAGCAUCAGCUCUGGCACCACCCAACACUCUGCCACAACGGUGGCUCGGCCGCCAUCCCUGCCACCAGUGCCACAGCUACCGCCACUGAUCCCAAGGGACCCGCAGGAGGCCCCUGGACCCACCAGGCACAUGAAAUCUCUGCGGCUGGAGUCCCUAGCCAACACCCAGAUUGCAGAGGAGCACACCCAGCUGUGAGGCACAAGCCUGUGACCCAACUACCAUGGGGUCCCCUUCACUUUAAGGAAGAGACCUGGGGCCCUGGAUCAGACCCAGGAAAGGGUGCAGGGACCCUGUGUAUAGAGGGAAGGGUCUGCAUAGGGGACCCACAUAGACUCAGCGUUUAACUAUGUACCUGAAACACAAACCACACAAUCCUUGGCCAACAUUUUCAUGAAUAACACAGCUUUUGAGUGAAGGUUUUCAUAGAGUCAACUGAAUUUCUUUUUUGUUUGUUUGUUUUUCGAGACAGGGUUUCUCUGUGGUUUUGGAGCCUGUCCUGGAACUAGCUCUUGUAGACCAGGUUGGUCUCGAACUCACAGAGAUCCGCCUGCCUCUGCCUCCCAAGUGCUGGGAUUAAAGGCGUGAGCCACCAUCGCCUGGCUUCAACUGAAUUUCUUAAGCACUUCCCUCUACAGCACAAAGUGGUCUUAAAACAACCCCGUUGGGUCGGCAGAGUGCUUGCCUAGCAUGCACCACCGAGUUUGAUACCUCUAGCACCAGAGAAGCUGGUAUGGUGGUAUACACUGGCAAUACCAGCACUUCAGAUGGAAUGGCAAGAGGACCUGGCCAAGGCCACUCUCAGCUACACAGUGAGUUCAUGGACAGCCUGAGAUAUAAGAGACCCUGUGUCAAACAACAAAAACAAAAAUCCUUCUCCUUGGCAUUCUGCUAAGAUGUCAUCAGGAUUGGCUUCUGCCUCCUUGAAUCUUCCGUAGAAGCCAAUAGUUCCCAUGGGAAGCAAAUUUCACCAUGUACUAUUUUUUAUUUCCUGUGACCAUUAUUAUGGCUCUAACUUGUGUGUGAGAGGCUAUAAGGUGGUGUGUGUGUGGUGCGGGGGUUGGGGGGUGUUGCCCCUGUGUGUGUGCUGAGGUCAGAGGAAGAUGCUGAAUGUCUUGCUCUAUCUUUUUUUUUUUUUUAAAGAUUUAUUUAUUACGUAUACAACAUUCUGCCUCCAUGUAUGCCCACACGCCAGAAGAGGGCGCCAGAUGGUUGUGAGCCACCAUCUGGUUGCUUGGAAUUGAACUCAGGACCUCUGGAAGAGCAGCCAGUGCUCCUAAUCACUGAGCCAUCUAUCAAGCCCCAUCCUGCUCCAUCUUACUCCCUUGAGACAGUCUCUCACUGAACAUGGAGCAAGGCUGGUGGCCAGCAAGUCAGUGACCCUCUAUCUCUGUCCCCAUCCUCCACGGCUGGGGUUAUAGAUAUGUGCAAGGCCACACCCAGCUUUUUACAUGGGCUCUAGGGAUUUGAACUCAGGUCCUCAUGCUUAUGCAGCAAACACUCUUGUUGAGCAUCUCUUUGAUCUGUUUGUUUUUGAGACAGGGUCUCCCGUAUCCUAGGCCGGCUUUGCUUUCACUCUGUAGCUGAGGAUGACCUUGAUCUUCUGAGCCUCUACCACCUGAGUGUUGGAUUACAGGAAUGUGCUGCUACCCAGUUUCUGCAGUACUGGGAAUCAAAUCAAGGACUUUGGCAUGUACUCUAGCAACUGAGCUACAUAUCCAGCCCUUGAAUUAAUUAACUAUUUACUUACUUUUUUUUUUUUUUUUUUUUUUGAGACAGAGUUUCGCUGUGUAGCCCAUGCCCAGCUCACUUAUAUUUAUGUUUUAACUAAUCCACAGAGACUGGAAUACCACCCUUGGAGUAGUCCAGGACUGUGAAGUACCUUCCAAGGCUGGAGUACUACAAACCCAUUCUGAGCCUAGCAGGUUCACAGCCCAUGUACUUGGUGGAAGAACAGCACACCCUGAGGUCCCAUCUUCCUGUGACGAUAGUGACGAGUCUUGGGGCAUAAAGUGUAGGGUGCAAGUGCAGCCACCCCCCACUCUCAAACUGGGUUAUUCCUUCUACCGUUUCUCUCUCUCCAGGGCCUUGUGUCCUUUCUCUGUUCUACUGCUGAGAGUUCCACCUCACUUCACAGAGGCAGACAACUUUCCUGAACACAUGGGGGCAGGCUCCUCCCCUAUGAGGGCACCAGCGGGUGGGUUGAGUGGGGAGCCGGGACAAGCUGGGAGGGCACAUUUUCCAGGAGAGCUGGGGGAGGGGACCUGGAAAGGAGAGCUCCAAAUGCUGCCUAGGGCUGGUGUGCUGGAAGAAACCCUUGGUUUAGGAGGCCACUGGUAUGUGGAGGUGCUGUGUGCUUGUCUGCUUCCUGUGCUCCCUGAGGCCUCUGGUCAAUUCCAGUUUGUGGCCCGAGGUCACCCAUAGCCAACUCCCCUUUUCUUUUUGGAAAGAUGUCCAAAUGAGGCUGGGGCAGUCCUAACCUAGGUAACCCACUUACCUAUUCCUCCCUGGAGACCCUACCCUCAUGACAUAGAUAGGUAUUUUGGCCAUUUUCUGCCCAGAAUAAAAGCUUACUCUUCCAAGCAGUGGUGGUGGUGGCCUUUAAUCCCAGCAUUUGGGAGGCAGAGGCAAACAGAUCUCUGAGUUCGAGCC